UUUUCAAGACUUGGAAGCCUGCGGCACUCAAUGUACAUCUGGUGCCGGGACCACCGCUUGCACCACCGUUACUCAGACACCGACGGAGACCCUCACAACUCAAAAAGAGGCAUGUUCUAUAGCCACUUCGGCUGGUUGAUGACCAGCAGACACCCGCUCUGUAAGAAGCUGAGGGACACCAUCGACAUGAGCGACUUGCAGCAGGAUCGAUUUGUGAUGUUCCAGUACAGACACUUCCGACCGCUAUACUUUUUCUUGGGGUUUCUCCUGCCCAUCUGGCUGCCGAUGCAUUUCUUUCAAGAGACGUUCACGAAUGCAGUGUUUGUGUGUUUCUUCCUGCGUUACGUGUACACAAUGCACGUUACGGCCUGUAUCAAUAGCCUGGCUCAUAAGUUCGGUACUAGGCCCUAUGAUAAAACAAUCCAACCGGUUGAGUCCUGGUUCGUAUCCCUACUGAGCCUGGGCGAGGGCUGGCACAACUACCACCACGCGUACCCCUGGGACUACAAGGCGGCCGAGAUCGGGAUGCCGCUCAACUCCACCGCCAGCCUCAUCAGGCUGUGUGCUUCUCUUGGACUGGCGUAUGAUCUGAAGUCUGUCGACCCUGAGACGCUAAACAAAAGGAUAAUAAACAAGGGAGACGGCACUUACGAGGUGAAGUACCUGGAGGAGCACGUCACGGCCAUCGGUCCGCUGCACCCGCUCAACCCCAGCUACCGCGGCACGUGCCCAGACCCUGAAAUCAAGCUCAAAGUCAGAAUGAAGCCCUAA